UUCGUUUUCGUUAUUUUUUUUCGGGGUUUACAAGGGACCAGUUGUUAUAGAGGAAUAUCAGUUGUAUGGAAUACCGUGAAUGGUGAACAAGUUAAUCGUGCUUAAAAAAAAUCCGUCCGUUAUAAUUAUUUGAAAUUAUUUAAAUCCUGUGAUAAAUUCUUUAUUAGAAACAAACAAAGCAAACAAAAUUUACAACAUGUCGAACGAGAACAGCGUAGAAGCGUUCAAUAUACGCAUUGGUUAUUAUCGCCCUGAAACUAUGGAAAUUGCCAAAAAUGAAUUGCGUGAAACUCCCGAAGUUAAAGAGGCUGCCAUUAAAGAAUUGCGUGAAUUAUUACAUUCCUGCCCCGAUAUUUACUACAGAGACGAUGAUGAUUUCUUGGUUAUUUUCCUAAGAGCAUGCCACUUCUAUCCUCAAAGUGCAUUUGAAAAGGUAAUUAUUGUAUAAAAAAUUAUGACUGAUUUGA